AUGUAUAACACUCUUAGGCCCGAACUCGCAGAAACCACCGUGUUACAUGCAAUCUUGAAAUGGAUUCCCGGGACUUCAUUGCGGUCACUGGAUCUCGAGGGCGAGGAGGUGGGCGUGUCGGGGCGCGACGGCGAGGUGCGCUGGCAGGGGGCGGCGUGCCGGCGGCUGGGCUGGGCGCCCGAGACGGGCUUCACGGCGGCGGCGCUGCUGGACCGCCUCCUGCACCGCGUCCGCAUCCCGCCGCGCUACCUGCACGCCGUGGGCGCCGCCGCCCUCUUCAUCGCCGCCAAGAUCCACGAGGAGGACGAGAAUGUCCCAGCCACAAUAGAGGUGGUGGAGCGCGGUGGCAUGGACUGCUCCCACCGAGAGCUCCUCCGCAUGGAGCGCGUGCUGUUGGACAAGCUGUCAUGGCAUCCGAAGGCCUCCAUCACUCUGGAUUUCCUUCAGGUGCUCCACGCCCUGGCUAUUGUCUCCGCGCCCAAGCACCAGCAAGCGCAGAGGAGUGGAUCGCCAACACGUCAGCUGGGCCACCUGACAAACCGACUGUGGCGAGUUGUGUGCUCGGGACGCAGUGGAAGCAUCCGGCCAUCUUUGCUUAGCCUUGCCUUACUGUCUCUGGCCCUGGACACGUCCGCGUCAGAGCCAGGUCUCACGCUCUGGCUCCAAGCACUCACACAGGUGAGUGAUGAAGAGCUUGCCAGCGCUCGGGCAUUAGUGAAGGAGAUCCUGGGAGAGGAAUCCUUUGAGUUCCUUCCUGUGCCCCCCUUGAAGACCAGGCAGCACAGCCCGCCUUCAAGACCCAACAAGAGGAAAGUGGGACACUCCCUGGACACCGAGGAGGAGGACAUGUAUGUGGACAUCAAGAAGCUGUAUGCUUAUGACAAGAAUGCAACAGAAAUGCCCCUCCAUGAAAAAUCGCCAGAAUGUCCGGAGGAGCUCGAUGACACGUACAGUGACAUCCGGCGCCUCUACUCCCCGGUGCCCAUCCUCAGUGACCCCCUCGCCGCCAGCAAAAUGUGCCCCACCAAGCCUGCCAGCUGCAAGAAGUUGUCGGCCAAGAAGAAGAAGAAGACCAAGCCCACAUUCAAGGCCAAGAACUCCAUGAAGAGCUCCCUGAAGCAAGCUCUGAAAAUCCCCUGCAAGAUAUCUCUCAUCACAACGAAGAAGAUCUUCGAGGAGAUCUGCGAGGAGGAGGAGGAGGAGGAGGAGGAGAUGAUGGAGAUGGAGGUCGAGACCGAGGAAUCUCAGCAGGAGUGGGAGGGACCCCUGGUAGAGCCUGUUGGCAUCCUGAACUCACCCAUUUUCUCACCGAUGAGUCCAGAGUUUCCCGACAUCCGCAAUGUGGUCGUCAAGAAAGAAGACCUUUGCUGGCGUCAGAAGGCUUUGGAAGUCACUGAACAAGUUUACAGACCAAUGACCUAUGCUCAGGUGUUGCGCUUACACCUUACACCUUUAACCCGAGCCCUUGGUGUAUAAUUGCCCCCCCCCCCCCCCCAAAAAAAAAAAAAAUAAAUAAAUAAAUAAAAAAUAAACAGUAACUCUCCCACCGACAAGGACACAGUAACAAACAUUCUGUUCUUUCUGGUGAAGUUGCGAAGCUGUUGCAUCCCACCAGUCUUGUAAAAGCCACUUGAGGAGAAUGGACAAUUUUUUUAAAGGCAAAUUACUUACUUUCAAUGAACAGGCCACAGAUGAGAGUGGUUUUUACCUCAGAUCACAGUAACCACUGCCAGUUCCUCAGGUGGCACAAGUAUUUUAUUUCAUUGUACAAAUAGACUCUUGUGUAAAUGAUACCAAUGCCUUCAAUAGACAAAGUGGUCUCAGAAUGGAAAUUUAAACCCUUUUUCUCUUUUUUUUUUU